CUUCCAGGAACGGCCAUCUUCCCGUGGAGUGAAUAACUUUGGGGGGAAACGAGCGAGCUCGGCUCUGAGAGGGGCAGGAAUGGUGCUGGCGGCACCGGGGAUCAUUGUCGAGAGCUUCCGGACGAUUCACUGAGACGGUUCACCGUCAGACUGCCUGAAGUGGGGGUCACAGGACGAUGGACAAGGAAGAGGGCUUUCAGUGUCAGCCUCUGUCUCUGACAUUUACCAUCGACAGUAUUCUGAAAGCCGGCCCCAAAUGCAAAGAGCUCAGGCACGACCGUGCAAAGCAGCAAGUCACAUCGGCGUCAGAAUUCAAAUCACGGCAUGAAGUGAUCAGGACGGACAUGAAACUGGGCAAGGACCACAGGAAAACAAGUCAAGAGACAAUGAAUGGCAGCUAUCUCACCUCCUCCUCCUCGCUCGAAUUCACCACGGACGCAAAUCAUUCGGUCAAAAGCCCGGAAUCUUACGAAUCGUUCGAUACGGCGGAUCACAGCGACGAUUCGGGCCGAGUCAAACACAACAAGAAAGCCAAAGUGCUGGCGAAAAAGAAGACGCGCACGAUAUUUUCCAAGAGCCAGAUCUUCCAACUGGAGUCGACGUUUGACAUGAAGCGAUAUCUGAGCAGCGCCGAGCGCGCUUGCCUAGCGAACUCUCUGCAACUCACCGAGACCCAGGUGAAGAUCUGGUUCCAGAACCGCAGGAAUAAACUGAAAAGGCAACUGUCCGCCGAACUCGAGGUCACAAACACCACCGAGGCUGCCCCCAAGAUAGUCCAGAUGCCAGCAAUGUACAAAGAGAGCAGUUUUCUGCGGAGAUGUUUACUACCAGUGUCUUUCCCUGUCCUGUACCCCGGGAGCAGCGCGCCUUACCUUUGUUUCCCUGACACCCGCAAAUAUGUCCAUGUCGUGGACGCGGACCUAUAAUCAACUAAAGCAAUGCUUAACUGUAUCUGAAGAACUUUUAGUGAUCGCUUAGUCACUGUUUAUACUGUUUAACUGGCGAAAAAUAUAUAUGGGGUAUGUAAUUUGUUGAAGGCUUUUUUGGUUUCCUUUAACUCUUCACUGCCUCUCUCCUCUCUGAUUCUUAACUCGAUAUUUUCCACUCGACGCCCAUCUUUUAGAUGUCUUUUAACUCAAAUUUGCUUCAAGGCUUUCCAAUUCUGAAUGAGAUUUUACAUUUCAGUAAAUUUUUUUUAAACCACUGAAUUAAUUCAACCACUGUACAGCGUUUGAUGGAUUUGCUCAAAAAUGCAGUGCCCUGUUGUAAUGUGCAAUCUUCAUUUGUAUUCGGAACUCUUCACAUUUGCACACGUUAGUGUGCGGGGAGGGGAUGUGGAUAUUUGCUGUACAGCUGAUGGAUUAGCUUUUAUAUCUUAAUUCAGAAACAAUCGCUGUUGCCACCAUUGUCUAGCAUUGUCCUCGUCGACCCAUAUUUAUAGUUUAAAAGGCAGUAUGCACUGCUAACAGAAGCAACGCACUGCUCACUCCUAGGAAUGUUACUUGGAACUUGAUAACAGCAAGGCAAUCACACGACCUAGCUUUGAUGCACGACCGAAAAUCAAUUUGCAGCCUCUUUGUUUUUCUGUUCUCGCUCUUUUUCGACAGAAUUCUUCGUUCAACGUUCUUUUUCUCUGAUUUGAUCUUUUACACCACCUUUCAAAAGUCACGCAUGUCAUUUGCUGUUUUGAUGUCAACUUAAACACACACACACACACACACACACAUACACACACACACACACACACACACACACACACACACGCGCGCGCGCUGGAGAUCAUUUAAUUGACCGUGUCUGUGACUAGUGUUCCAGCCUCUGUGACUGCGCUCUCCGGUUUGUAGUGAAGGGGUUGGUUGGCCCGUUAUUUCUUCUCCGGGGGCACCAGUUUGAAAAGUAAGCAAAUUGCGGGUCUCAACGUGCAAAAUUCCGAAGGAAGACCUGUUGAAAUAAAUCUUCUUCUUGGGACCUCGCAAUUGCAUUGCUUUUGUUUUGACUGAAUUCAUCAUUACCAAUUUAUUUCCAGCCUGGUAUUUAUCCAGCUUACACUGCAUGUAGUCUAUUAGAUCAGUGAUAAUCCAAUUUCUUUGCUGAGAAUGUUUGUAAAUCUGGUACGAUAUCAGUUUCAUUGAUAAAAUCUUACAGCACGUCAUAUUUAUACAACUUUACAUGUAAAGCGGUUUGAUAUUCACCGUGAACAUUAAAAUUAAAAUUCAGUUUAUUGCUCCAAACUUUGCAUAUUAUAAAUUGCUAAAGUGCAGCACCGCAUUUGAAAGCAAAGAGAUUAUUGCAUAACGCAUUUAAUAGGCGAUGACCAGAUAGAUACGCUCUGGAGUUCAUUCAUGCUUCAUGUACACCCAGCUUGGAAUUGCCACCGUCAUUAAAGCAGUAUUUGUUGCUAAAUUGGAGAUAAAUUAGCCACCCAUUCAAGAAUAAAUAACACUUGGAAAUAAA